GGCCUCAAACUCUAAGGAUGACCCAGCUAAGGGUGCUGCUAACUUCACCUCCCAGGUCAUCAUCAUGAACCACCCUGGUCAGAUCGGUAACGGAUACGCCCCAGUUCUCGAUUGCCACACGUCUCACAUUGCAGUUAAGUUCUCUGAGAUCUUGACCAAGAUUGACAGGCGUUCUGGUAAGGAGAUUGAGAAGGAGCCCAAGUUUUUGAAGAAUGGUGACGCUGGUAUGGUUAAGAUGACUCCAACCAAGCCCAUGGUUGUUGAGACUUUCUCUGAGUACCCACCAUUGGGACGUUUCGCUGUUAGGGACAUGAGGCAGACCGUUGCUGUUGGUGUUAUCAAGAGCGUGGACAAGAAGGACCCAACUGGAGCCAAGGUCACCAAGGCUGCAGUCAAGAAGGGAGCUAAAUGAUGAGACCUUCGUUUAUUAUUAUUGACUCUCUUAUGGUUUUGUGGUUUUUUAAAACUUUGAUGGCUUUUGCGCCUCUCUUUUUUCUCUUUAUCUCUGUGACUUUCUUGUUUCUCUUAUAAUACAUGCAUGUUGAAUUCAGAACAUAAAUUGAGUUAGACCAUGACAUGGUAGCUUUAUUCUUCUUAA